UGCUUUCACCUUUCUUGUUGUUUUGAUGCUGUCGGGGUUAAAGGUUAAUGACCAGUGUUGACCUAUUUCUUGGCGCGUUUCUCGAUUUAUUUUGUAGUCUGUAGAGUAGAAGAACGACCUAUAUAUGCAUGUCUCGGUCUUCAAAUAAACAUCUUGGCGGCCGUUCUUGUUUUGAAAGUACUUCUCUGGAACCAUGGGUUGGAAGCUCACUACCUUUUUCGUCAUAGUUGCCGUGGCGAUAGCUGUUUUAUUCUCUGGAGUCUUGAAAACCCCACCAGAGCCCCUCGAGUUCCAAGACAACUACUGGGGGAGGGGGGCAAAACCAUCACCCGAUACAAAACAGGACGAAAACGUGUACGGCAUCAUUGUAAAUGUGUCAGAUUCUGCGCUAGCAGAUCUCAAAAAUCGUCUCUCAAACACUCGAUUCUUCGAUGCUCUCGAAGACGUUCAGUUUCAAUAUGGCUUCCGCCGCGAAUACAUGAUCGACCUCGUAACCUAUUGGAAAACUCAGUAUGACUGGAGAAAACAAGAAGCAUACUUAAACACGUUGUCCCAUUAUAAGACAAACAUUGAGGGAAUAGAUCUACACUUCAUUCACGCUAAACCCAAACUGAAGCCAGGUCAGACAGCUAAACCCCUGUUGAUCGUUCACGGUUGGCCCGGUUCGGUGUUUGAGUUUUAUAAGAUGAUCCCGAUGUUGGUAGAUCCCACUAGUCACGGGGGGAGUGAGGAUGAUGUGUUUGAGGUCAUUGCCCCCUCCAUCCCUGGUUAUGGCUUCUCCGAGAUUCCUCAUAAAAAGGGUUUUGACCAGAUCGCUGCAGCCCAGAUGUUCCAUAAGCUGAUGGAAAGGCUGGGUUUUCAGAAGUUUUAUGUACAGGGAGGAGACUGGGGUGCGAUGAUCACACGUAACAUGGCUGUCUUGAAGCCAAGUGUUAUUAAGGGACUCCAUACGAACAUGCCGACCAUAGAAAUGGGCGGUGCGUAUGCCUUCUAUAUGAUGCUGGGCAGUGUGGCUCCCUCAUUGGCUGGACUAACAGAAGCGGACUACAAAAGGCUGUAUCCUGUAAGUAAAAAGCUUCUGGACACACUACAGGAGUCUGGUUAUUUCCACCUACAGGCAUCAAAGCCGGACACUGUAGGUUUUGCCCUGAAUGACUCCCCUGUGGGUUUGGCCGCCUACAUUCUAGAGAAAUUCUCCACUUGGACAAACCCAGCAAACAGGGACUUGGCUGAUGGAGGGCUGGAGAAAUAUUACACCAAGGAUGAGCUGCUGACCAGUGUGAUGAUGUACUGGGUAACAGGCACCAUCCCUUCAUCCAUGAGGUUCUACAAGGAGGCGUUUGCUGGGAAAGCACUCGUGGCCAUCGGCCUACCAGUGACAGUACCAUCAGGUGUGGUAGCAUUUCCUCAUGAGAUCAUUAGCCACGUGCCUGAGUCCUUUUGCUACUGGGGCUACCCUAACCUGGUCCACUACACCACCAUGCCCACCGGCGGGCAUUUCCCGGCCUUCGAACAGCCUGCUUUGCUGGCCGAGGACAUUCGAGCAUUCGCAAGGAAAGUGGAGGCUCUGGAUACUCCUGAAAAAGGGACACAACAGUAAAGUAGUGUUAUUCAAAUAUAAAUCAAUCUUUACAACUGGAUGAAAAAUGGAGAUUUACUUCCAGACGCUUCAAGUGACAUCCAUCACUCUUCUUCAACAUCACUAGUAUGAUUACUGUCAGUAAUUCAAUACAAGUACAGCGAACUAGAAAAACUGGAUGGACAUGUCAAUUCACUAACUCCUAAGAAUUGUAUGCAAAUGUCACUCAAAUAUAAAUCAUUUUUGCAUAGUUCCCUAUAUGGUAAACAAUACCAUAGGAAAAGUUAU